AUGGAAAAGAAGCGUUUUCAAAGUGAAAGAGAUAGUCAUGGUGAAACUCAAAAUCAGCUUCGAUUUGAGAAACAAAGAGCAGCUAAACUCGAAGCUUCAUUAGCUAGAAUGGAGUUGGACCAAAAUGUUUCCAAUUAUGCUAGUUCUACAUCAAUCAUAAGAGCACAAGAUAACAUAUCAAAAUUAAAAGAUGAGCUUGAGUUGACCCAAGAGCAAAUAAAAGCGUUGAAAAAUCGUUUGGAAAUUGAGAAAAGGGAGAAAAAUUCCGAUUUUAAAGAGUUUUCGAAAAUACUACAAGAGUUUUGUAAAAAUACUUAA